AUGUCCAAGUUCUUCGAAGCGUUCGAAGUCUACAACCGAAACAAGCACGCCCCAGGCGACGCCAAGUCCAGAGGCGGAAACCACUCCAAUAUUGGCACGGGAAACACCACCUAUAUGUUUGCCAGAGAGUAUAGAGGCCCCAACAAGGUCCAAGCGGUGCCCAGGAGCCAGGAGGACGGUCAGGCCCAGGCCCAACCUCAGAUGGUGGACGUUUCCAAACUCUCGCGAGAAGAGUUCGAGGCGAUGUACUACAAGAUGCAUCCAGAGACGCCCAGAGGCGAGCCCAACAACAAGGUGAACUUCUGA